AAAAUAUUUAUUUUUCCUCUUUUUCCAGAAAGCAAUAGCAUUAAAGUUUAAAUUCGGUAAAUUACGUUUAUGUGUAACUCUGAUCUUCAGAUCUCAUUACCGCGUUAUUUUCUUGUUAUUGCAAAUAAAUCAUGGGAUGCGAUGGAGGUACCAUCCCCAAACGGGACGAGCUCGUCAAAACCAAGCAAAAAGGCGAACAGAAAGACCUCGUGGGUGAGCGGACAUACAGGUGGCGUCACUGCUCCGUAUCACAGACGGCAUUGCGGGCGCCUGUGGUGGCCUGCGAGCUCGGCAGGCUCUAUAACAAGGACGAGGUCAUCAAGCGACUCCUUGAGAAAUCACAGGAGUCUUGUAACAUUAGUCACAUCCGCGGCCUGAAGGACGUAAAGGAGCUGCGGUUGACCGCCAACCCCGCGUACGAAGGAGAGGAGCAGCAGCGCGGCGGCGAGACCGUCGAGGUCGGCCGAGCGCCGUGGAUCUGCCCCGUGUCGGGCCUCGAGAUGAACGGCAAGCACGGCUUCUGCUUCGCCUGGCGCUGCGGUUGUGUUGUGUCCAACAGGGCUGUCCGUGAGCUGAACACGGACGUGUGCUGCGCGUGCGGCAUCGAGAUUCAGGCCGAUGACGUCAUCAUUCUCAACCCUGACGCCGAUCAGCUGACAGAAGCUGCAGCCAAGAUGGCUGAACGCAGGAAGAAGGCUAAGGAACCAAAAAAAGAAAAGAAAGAUAAAAGGAAAGCUGAGAAUGACUCUGCUGAGUGUACAAGUCAGGAGAAGAAACAUAAAAGUGGCAGCGCAAACGAAGCAGGACCAUCAGGCACCAGAAACGGACACCAGAAAGCAGGCAAGGCGGGAGUGAGCGUAAGUGGCCUGGCGUCUUCCAUCCUACGCGACACGGAGUUCUCACACGUACGAUCCAAGGAAUACUCGGUCGCUAACAACCCUAAGCAUUCCGAGGUCUACAAGAGCAUAUUUGACACACACAAGUCCGCGCAGAAGAAGCUCAAGUCUAAUUGGGUGACGUGCAAUCCGCAGUAUUAUUAAGACAUACUUCCGGUGCUAAUAAAUUAUCAUAUCUAUAUGGGAAAUUUGACUUCAUUUACACACUGCGGAUAAGUUAGUAAAAAUGGAUUUCGUAUAUAUUUACUACAACUUAUAGUACAUGCAAGGUUAAUGGAUGACAAAAUGCAGUAGCGAAAUUAUAUACACCUUGAAUUUGUUCAAACGCUAUUUCCAACUGAACGACCGUUUUCACUUCUAACGUUUGUACUAAAUAAUAAACAUUUAUCCAUCAUUGCAUGUUUUCGUCUUAAGUGGCAUUGUGCUGCAUGGGCCGCUCAACAUUUAUCAUUUUAUGCGUCAAUUAAACAGAUUGGGCGACACUAGGCUUAAUAGAACCGUUUUGGCUGAAGGUAUCAUCUUACUAACAUCGUGGAUUAAAUCUAGUGGUAGAUGGAAAUUGUACUUUUACAACGAAACAAGAAAAAUACAUGUUAACAUGACAUU